CCUCCUUCCUUUUCCUUCCUCCCAUCGGCACGCCCAUCCCGCUCCUCUCAUAAUCCUGAGAGUUUCUUCUUUUGUUUUAUUUUUCUUUCUUGGUAGGAGUAACAAUAGUUUUGGCUCUCCUCAUUCAGAGGCGAAGCUUCAGGGUUUGUAAAUUUUCCGGAUCUAAUCAACUAACCAAAAAAACCCAAAAAAGGAACCAUGAGCCACUUCGCCGCCAUGAAGAGCCCCGUCCCGGUCGCCGCCGCCGCCGCCACCGACGCGAAGAGCCCGCUCUUCUGCCCCAAGCCGCGCCGCCCGGUCGCGCCCCUCCGGUGCCACCAGAGUAGCCACUCCGACGCGGGCGCCGGCAUGGAUCUGCUCGACCUCCUCCUGUCAAAGGGCGAUGAGAGCAAUCUUUCGGCGGCGUCCCCGCAGCCGCCGUUGUUCUGUGGCUCGCCUCCGCGGCGGGCCUCGAACCCGGUGGUCCACGACAGCCGGUUCGGCAUGGACUGUCCGUCCAGCCCCCUGCCGUGGUGGCCGGUGAUGUCGCCGGUCACGCCAGCGCCGGUGGUGGUCCGUCCUACCCCACGCCCGGCGGGACCACCGAUGUCGCCCCGUUCCUCGGCUGGGUGCGCUCGCGUGUUCCAGCCAGCCGUCCGCGUUGAGGGUUUUGACUGCCUCGACGGUGGCCGUAGCGGCCGUGGCCAUGACAUCGCCGCCAUGGUCUAGAUGCACAUACAACAUCGAAUAACCAGGAAAUCUUCUCCCCUCAGUAGUGCAAAAGCUUGGAGGGAGAGAGAUGAGAGUGAGGAGAUGAGUGAGAGGAGCUUAAGUCCAAAAUUUAACCCCUAAAAACUAUAUAAUCCAUCAAUCAAAUCCCAUAAGUAUAAUGAGUCUAGGUAAUUUUACCACAAAUCUUUUUGUAUGUAAAUAAAUUUCAGGUUCAGAUGCAGGUGCCCUUCUUGUAAAUUUGGGAGCUCUAGUUUGGGGGGGAUGGGGUAGAAGAAAUCUAGGGGGUGGGGAUCAGGGACAGAGGGCACAAGAAACACAAAGUUUAGCCCUCUUGUAUGAAUCAAUUUUUUCAUGAGUCCCUUUGCCUUCCUUCUGGAUUAGAUAUUCAAUUAGGUUGGAGGGAGGGGAGGGGUUGGGAAUUAGUUAGGUACCUGUCCUAGUUCAUCUGUCAUCAUGCUUAUUUUUGGUUUAUGAUGGAAUUGUUUUUGUCCAUGCAACCAAGAAAUCCAGGGCCAAGCAAGGCCAUGGAGAUGUGUACAAAAGAGUGGCUACAAGAAGAGAAGAGAGAGCAGCUAGGUUUAAGUCAAGUCAAUGAGUGAGUUGUGUGAGAGGCAUGAAUGAUGUAUUCGUGAUAUCGUUUUCUCCGUAUAUGUAAUAUAUCGUUUCAUUGAAGCAGUAUGUGUAAUAUCUCAUGCCAUGAUUAUCACCAGCCCUUGUGACAUCUUUUAUUUUA